UACAUCAUCACCUGCCAACCACUGCAUUAUGAGAUUAUAAUGAACAGGAGAGCUUGUGUCCAAAUGGCAUCCAGUGCCUGGAUCACUGGAAUUCUCCUUUCUAUACUGCACACUGGGAACACGUUUGCAAUAACCUUCUGUGGAGGCAACAUGGUGGGUCAGUUCUACUGUGAAAUCCCCCAAAUACUCAAGCUGGACUGCUCUGACCUGUACCUUGGUGAAACUGUGGUUCUUUCCUUUAACAUAUUCUUAGGCUUAAGCUGCUUUGGUUUUAUAAUUGUGUCGUAUGUUAAGAUCUUCAAAACAGUGCUGAGAAUCCCCUCUGAGCAGGGUCGGCAUAAAGCCUUCUCCACCUGCCUUCCUCACCUCAUUGUGGUCUCCUUGUUAUUUUGCACUGCUGUUUUUGCUUACGUGAAGCCCACUUCCCGCUCUCCAUCAGGUCUGGAUCUUGUGGUGUGUGUGCUUUAUUCUGUGGUGCCUCCUUUGAUGAAUCAUAGAAUCCUAGAAUAUCAGGAUUGUAAGGGACCUCAGGAGGUCAUCUAG